AAGAAGGAACAAUUGUGGCUGGAGGAAAUGGUUUUGGAGAAAAUCUUAAUCAAUUGUCUUCACCUAAAGGAGUCAUUGUUGAUUAUUUGGGUGAUAUAUAUGUGGUAGAUUGUUGGAAUCAUCGAGUAAUGCGUUGGUGUGAAGGAAAAGAAGAAGGUGAAGUUGUUGUUGGUGGAAAUGGUAAAGGAAGUCAAUCAAAUCAAUUGAAUUAUCCGAUAGGUUUAUCUAUUGAUGAUGAAGGAAAUCUUUAUGUUGCUGAUUAUUAUAAUCAUCUAAUUGCAAAAUUUGAAAUAAUUUAG